CGUUACUCCGCCAGGACCCCGCCCCGCGUCGGGCCGACCUCCCACUGCGCAGGCGCAGACAUUGACCCAAGAUGGCGGCCCCCGUGGAUCUGGAGUUGAAGAAGGCCUUCACAGAGCUUCAAGCCAAAGUUAUUGACACUCAGCAGAAGGUGAAGCUUGCAGACAUACAGAUUGAACAACUAAACAGAACGAAAAAGCAUGCACAUCUCACAGAUACAGAAAUUAUGACUUUGGUAGAUGAAACUAACAUGUAUGAAGGUGUAGGAAGAAUGUUUAUUCUUCAAUCCAAGGAAGUAAUUCACAAUCAACUUUUGGAGAAACAGAAAAUAGCAGAAGAAAAAAUUAAAGAACUGGAACAGAAGAAAUCCUACUUGGAGCGGAGUGUCAAGGAAGCCGAGGACAACAUCCGAGAGAUGCUCAUGGCCAGAAGGGCGCAGUAGGAGGCCCUGGGGAAGCUUUUCCUGUGGCUCCUCUUCCUUGUGAGGGUGGAGGGCCCAAGCCUUGUCUUCUGAUGGAUGUUUAAUCUGGAUGUCUGGUAACCCCACAUUUUCUGAUCACUGUGCCCCUUCAGAUCCCAGCCCUGUAUUUUUUUAUCCUGGUUCUGCUUGACACGCUUGUAUGUCCCCCGCCCUCCCAUCCCCACACAAACAACUUUUCUUUUGUUUUUAGCCACACCCAGUGAUGCUCAGGAAUUACUCCUAGCGGUGCUCGGGGGAUUGAACCCUGGUUGGCCGCAUGCAAGGCAAGCACCUUACCCACUAUACUAUUUUCUCCAGUCCCCGCCUGCUCCCUGAACUCCCAGGAGAGAGGGGCGUGACUUGCCAUCCUGUUCCAUCCAUAAAGGGCACGUGCCCUGUUUUAGUGGAGGCCCCGCUCAGCUUCGCCUGCAUUGCCACCCUCUCCUUGUCCUUUGAGUAAAUGGCAGUGCAGAUGCAGGAGAGAGGAGUGUGUAGCUGCACGUGAGCGAGCAUCACAGGCUAACGAUGCCUUCCCUGCUUCUUCCCAGACACUCCGAAAGAACAUCCAGUAAUAACUGCACCACCACCACUGCCUCCCGCUGGCCUGUGUUGAGGUGGGGCAGUAAUCCUGAGGGCAUGCAGGGGCUGUGCUGUUUGAGUCUGGCUAGCACUGGCUCACGAGGAAUUUUGUUGCAGGUGUUGUUUAAAAGAUGUAAACAGUCACAAAGCAUGUAAAUUUAAAACAAAAUAAAAAACAAAACAAGGAUAAUCAGAA